AUGGAUGAAUUCGAACGCAGCGGUAAAGGCAACAAAGCAGAUGGCCGUUGGUUGUUGGUUGCUAUGGCGGGAUUCAAGGAUCCGUCUCAGUGUGAAUAUCUGAUCCACACAUCCACGCCCAGCACGAAAUCCGGCCUGCUUGGGUCGCGUCCUGGAGUCGCGCACGGACUGGAACCGUCUGAGGAGAAUAAUAGCGAAAAUCUUCGCAGCAAUGUUGAUGAGGCUUAUGCGGCGGUAGUUCUCACAUUUUGUCUUGUCUCCCUUCUUGCGCACAGGCACAAGGAUGCCUGA